GUGUAUGGACUAUUGAAGAUAAUAUUUACAUAAACACCGAAGAUAGUAAGGAGUUCAUAUUUAGAGCUAUACUUCAUGGAUCAAUAAGUUUUUCGGUAGAUAGUGCCAAUGAUGCACAUAUUGUUUUGGCAACUAAAAAUAAAGAAUCUGAACCUAUGAUAGAGGUAUUACUUGGUGGCUGGAAGAAUUCAGCAUCUGCCAUUCGUUACAACAAACAAACACCAGAUAAGGUGCACGUUGACACUCCUCAACUUCUGAGUAAAGACGCUCCAAAGAAAUUUGUCAUUUUUUGGAGAGAUGGUGUUUAUGAAGUGUUUAGUGAAAAAACUAAAUUAUUUGAAUGGAAAGAUUCAAGCCCAUUUCUCAUUUCUCAUUAUGGAGUUCGUACUUGUUGGGGGGCUGUUGGUAAUUGGCACAUUCAUGGUGCAGCAGAUGAUCAAUUUAAAAGCAAAAUAGUUGCUACCCCAAAACCAAAACCUGUAAAAGGAAAAGCUCCACCUGCAGCUUCACCUGGUUGGAAUCUUGAUGGACCGUCCUCUGGUCCAGUUCAAUGGGUUCAUGCUAGUAACGGGCAGAUACCACCAAAUGCUUUACCUGGUGGUUUUGAUGCUACCAAUGAACAGCUAUAUGUAGCCAGAGCAGAACAUAAUGGUGCUUUGAUUCCUGGUAAACUUGUUCCUUCACAUGGUGUUGUCUAUAUACCUUGGGGUGGUGUCGAGAAUCCCAAAGAAAACUAUGAAGUUCUUUGUAACUGUAAUGGUACUUGGGUGAAAGCUAACAAUGGAGAAGUCCCUGUAGGAGCAUUAUCUUCAGGUCAUACUGAAGAUGGUGAACCAUUGUUUGUUGGACGUGGUGAUUAUAAUGGCUCAUUAACUGUUGGAAAGGUUCAACCUAGUCACAGUGUUUGUUAUGUACCAUAUGGCGGUGAGGAAGUACCUCUGAAUGAUUACGAAGUGUUGGUAGUUUAAAACUAUCAAAAUUAACCAAAGAUAAAAGAAGUAUUAAACAAUUUCAAAAUGGCACGUUGAAUUUAUUGGAACUUUUAAGAAUUUUUUUUAACGCUUUAUUUAUACUUACAUUAUUUAUAAUUUAUCAAAAACAUUAAAUCUAUCACGGCAUUAA